AUUUGCCGAUCCCUACCCGGCUACCCGACACUGACCACGUGGACUCGACUACUUUUGGCCCUUAUCCCUAUCAGAGUACAAGGUCUCUGUGUUUGGUACAUAUAUCAUCUAGAUCUCCACUGUCCAAGAUCAUGGAGUGUUGGAAAUCGUCUGUAGAGAUAGGACUUCUUGAAGAUGCUGGUAUCUCCCCUCAAGAUGUUUACAAGAAGAUUGUCUCCAAAUGCAUUAAACUUCUUCAGGACUCUACAACAGUUGAGCAGAUUCCUCAUAACCAUUUGUUAGGAUACUUGAGAAUGCUUGCUCAGUACACUGCAUCAAGCAAGUUAAAUAUUACGAGUAUUUACCAAUCCGUCGUUGAUGGAAUUAUUGGACCGUACCUUCAAAUUAUACAGAGGUCUACUGAAACACAAAUCCAGAUUCUAUCUCCUUGUACGACUGCUAUCCAAAAUCUAUUGUCACUCCUUUCCUCAGAUGGUGUUGCGCAAGUGUGUGUGGUGCAGUAUUUGUCUUCUCUUUUUAAAAGUGUCGGUAACAGCUUGUCUGCUCCUAGUGAAGAAACCAAUUUCAACGCUCAAUUUGUUUUAACUUUUGUGUCUGAAAUAUUUCAAAAAAUAUCUGUUGAAUGUUUGGAGAAGGGUGGUUCUGAUUUUUCCUGCGUUUUCGAGCAGGCCUUGGGUGUAUUAAAACUCAGCGAUGCCAAGAUGUGUUUUGUUCUUGCAAGCUCCAUCCUUCCACGUUUUAUCACCUCUUUGCAUACUCAUAGAGCAGAGAAGAUAUGGUCCUUAGUCGAGGCGGUGUAUUUGGGAAGAGUCAACGUCGAGCAAAUCCAAUUAGAAUUUAUCUUAACAAUUCUUUGCUGUUUUCGAGAUGUAUUUGUCCAACAUGACAAGUCUUCCCCCUUUUCCAACCCCUUUGUGCAUUCUGUUCUUAGUCUUUCCCCAUUGGUCGAUAUUCGAGUCAAAAGUACAUUUUGGCGAGUGAUCCAAGAAGGGCUGGUUAGUGCCAAUCCUUUUUCUCGGAAGCGUUGCAUGUAUCUAGUUAACUGUGUGUUGCUGUCAGCCCUAGACUGCAAGACCAGUGAUAUUUGCUCGGAGGGGCAGGUUUUCUGGUGGGCAGCAGAAAAUACUAAGCAGUUGAAAAGUGUGUGGGAUGAUCUCAUUCUUGUCUUGGAGACUAUUGAAGAGAAACAAGUACACAUUGUCAAACCUGUCAAAAAACACCUGCAGAGUGUAUUAGAUGCUUCAAGGCAACAGAUCAAUGAUCGUCAUGUGCUACACAUGUCCUGGGUGCACGUAGUCCUGUCCCGUGUGUUCGACCACCAUGAGGCCAAGUCUAUCAUACAAUGGGGGGUGAGCGAGUGUUUGGGGAUGGAGCUAACCAACUCACCUAUUCUCUACCCGGAAAACUGGAGCUUCGUAUGUGGGAAACUGCUGCAAGUGCUAGGCCAGACAUUCCUCUACAACAGGAGUCAGACUUCACCUCAAGAUUGCUAUCCACCUUUAGCCAAGGAGCUUACCACAUUUUUACAGACCUUUGUGUCAAAAAUGGAGAAAGAGCAGGCAGGUCCUUUUCUUGCCCAGUUCCUUUCCUCGUUUGCUGAUCUGAAACUAGCGGAGGUUCCAUUGGUCUUCGUCAGCUAUGCAGUAUCUGAACUACAUUCUGAGCCUCUUAUUGGGCGAGAGGGACUGGCUGCAAUUAGGUCAAUUGUUCUCAGUUCGAUACUCACUCACAAGCCUUCUCUGAGAGAAGCUACUCAGUCCUUCCUGCUAAAGGCUGUGUGUGAACUCACAAAUCACAGAGAAGUUGGCUACUUGGAAGCUGUUCAGACUUUAGGUUCUUUUCGCCAAGCUGAAUGUCUUGUGUUUGGCUCUAAAAGUUGGAAACAGGCAUCCAAAUUUCUCGUGAGUCUGGCUACCUUAAAAGAGACCUCUGCAGAAGAGAGUGGAUCAAAGAAUCUGUUUUCGUACUUGCAGUCAUGUAUCCAUGCUUACCUUCAGGUGACAUCCCACCGUGAUGAUCCCUUACCAACCAUUUCAAGCCUUGCCCGAGCUCUAGUUCUUUCAGUUGACGAAGAGUGCAUUGUUGGCAGCAGAGCACUGUCGACUGAGUCUCGUAGCCUUGGUGAUUCUCUCACCCUGCUCAUGGCACCGGUCAUGGAUAUCAUUGCCACAGCAACAGCACGGGCCUAUCUAGCAGCUGAUGUUGUGAGCAAUGCUCUCGAGUUUCUCUCCUCCCUCGUUCAUCUGCUACCAUCUUCACCUCACAGUGACACAGCUCAAGUGUUCUACAAGUGUCUCUCACCAUGGCUACCUGACACAAUGCUCUACCUUCACACUCAACUCUUGCCGGGAGCAAAGGUGGGUGGAGCUCCCAACCUGGAUCUCAACGUCUUCCUUGUGCACACAUUAGAUGGACUCUACAGUUUCACAGUGGCACUUAAGUUUCCUUUCAGUGAGAACCCAGAUAUCAGCCUGGCUAACUUAGCUAUAAGAGCUGGAAAGCGGUUGAAUUCAAUAUGCUCUAAGCAGGAUGUGAUAGAGGUUACUCCAGCCCUUCUUGGUUCCAUCACUGUCCUUGGCUGGCUUUCCUCAUUGUCCCCAUCUUCUCCACCCUCACUCAGCCGCACCCUCUCCAACACUCUCAAUGCACUGCCGCUACCCCUGAAUCUCUCUAGACCUGCUCCGCCAACCUGUACUAGUAACCAUGGAGAUAGUGAUACAGCUAUACUAGGGGUGGGUGGUUUGAUGGCUUACGGUGCACCGGUCGAGUGGGGGCCGCUUAUCUCUCAGUGUCUCAGUUCCUACUGGAGGUGUCUGCUCUAUAUGAUGAGAGAGAGUAGUGACUGGGUGAUAGAGAAAGGGGUUGAUAAAUUGGUCACGAUUUGUCUUGAUGGAUUGGACUCAGCCAGUGACUCACUCCCCACCAUCAUUGGCUGCCUUUCUCUCCUGGUCAACAAGAGUGCAUCAGGACCCUCUCACUUAUGCUCCUUCACUGAAAGAGUAUGGUCGCUGGUUGGUGAGCUCAGAAACAAGCCCAAAGAAUUCGAUGAAGCCCUAGAGGCAUUCGCCCAGCUUGUCUUCCAUCCAAACUUAUUGGCCUGUCAUAAUGAAGAAGUUAAUAAGCUGCAAGAACAGUGUGUGGAUGCGUUCUUCUCAUUGGGUGAAUCAAAAAUUGGAGUUUUUAACAUCCUUGUCGACUACACCUGCUCCAUUUGGAGGAAAAGCUUGCAGCCGAUUAGUGCAAAAAAAGGCUGUACCCACAAGGCUGAGCUAGUGGCCUCUUUGCAAGCCCACAUACAACUUAUUCUCCAGGCGUGUACCUUUGGAACAGUGCACAGAAAAAACCUAAGGAUUGUCGGAGACACUGAAGGUUUCCUUGGCUCUCUUGGUUUGAAUAUGUCUGAACAUGAAGGCUCCAGAGGUGACUGUUGUGUUAGGAUCAAAAUAUUAGUGUUCCUGCUGGAAAUUUUUGGCUGUCUCUCGGAGUGCAGUGAUGGCAACGAAUUGGAUGACUUUUUACAUAUCUUUUUAUCCACAAUUACCUCUGAGAUAUUGAAGAUGUCUGUAAAUUUUCCGAAGUAUUACAUCAACUCUCACACUCAUCGUGUGAAAUUGAGGCUGAUACAAGUCCUCAUACUGUCAGUCAAGUUUGCUAACAAGACCACUUGCAAGAUGGUGGCUGAGCGCCUAGUUGGAGCACUUCAGCACGACAACCAGCGAAGUGUGCGCUACUUGAUGGAAUGGACAGUGUCCCUAAUUUUUACCCGAUUCCCAGAUCUCAUACCUUCAAUUCUGUUACCAUGUUUGAAUGCAGACUCCGAUGGUCGACUAAGCAGAUUGUGUUCAUUUCUCACCAUUAGUGUGCACGUCGGUGUUAAUCUAUCAACUAACCUCCUCAAAAGCAACUACUACCACGGAAUGAUUCCAGUGGUCUUGAAGUGGGUGUCUAGUCAUCAUUUCACUGUUAGGAUGUAUUCUCAGCAGGCUCUCUACCGAAUAUGGGACGACUGUAGGAGGUCAAAGGUCACAACCGUGCUGGAAACAUUCUGUAUUCUAGAAGAGAGCAUUCUAUCUAUGCAGGAUCACGGGGAUUGCGGGAAGUUUGCCCACAAGUUGAAGGAAAACAUUUUCUUCACCUUCGUAGACACGCUAAGUGAUCUCAACCUUCAGACCAUAUUUUACACAUUACCGUUGCUGUGUGAUGCCCCGAGGGAGGACCUGAUACCAGCUGAGCAUUUUUUAAGUGAGGCUAAGGAUUCCAGGAAACUACAGUACAAAGUACACUGCAAAAAUCACGAACUUCUUGAAGCUUCCUGUACCUAUCUAAAUGUUGCAACAUGUGGCAGUGAUACUAAAAGUAUUUCAUAUCAGCUGCAACCCAAACACCCCUCCUCAGAACUCCAACCCUCCUCAACAAGCGGUUCAGACAUUCAGAAAAAGAUCACUCCUUGGUCUAAUCCGACAACAGUUGUCAACGAGCUUUUUCCAAACUCUCUCUCUGGUCUGUCUUUAGCUGGUCAGCAAGACAAAGGAGAUAUUAGUGGGCUAAUUCUAGUGACCACUCUUCUAAGCAAAGUUCCAAACAUAGGAGGUCUAUGCCGUACCUGUGAAAUUUUUGGAGUCUCGGAGCUUGUAAUUGACAAUGCGAAAAUUCUUGGAGAUGUGCUUUUUCAAUCACUCAGUGUUACUUCUGACAAAUGGAUCACGAUUACAGAGGUCCGGUUGAAUGCUUUGAAGAAGUAUCUUCUAACCAUGCAAAACAAUGGUUACACUCUCGUAGGAGCAGAGCAGACUGCUCAGAGUAAACCACUAACUGAGUACUCGUUUAAGAGAAAAACAGUUCUUUUGCUCGGGAAUGAGAGGGAGGGCAUACCAGUUGACCUUAUCCACUUGCUGGAUGACUGUGUGGAGAUCCCUCAACUUGGUGUAGUGCGGUCACUGAAUGUGCAUGUGAGUGGAGCAUUGCUCGUAUGGGAAUACGCCAAGCAACACUCCAUGCAGCCAAGCUAACAAUGAGUUAAUUAUCUGACUAAAAUUAUUAGUGCUCUAAUACUGCCAUACAUGCAGUUCUACUUAUAAUAUAACCUGUAUUAUUUUCAAACAUAAUUAUACAUGAUACUCAGUUUUAAAUGAAUACCUGCAUGCAUGGUUUCCUAGCAAAUUGAAUCGUCUA